UCACGCUUCUCUUUUCUCUUCUACGUUUUAACUCGUUUGUUUGCUUUUGUACGUAUUAUUUUAGACACGUCCUUGGUUAACAGUUUAUCCGCGGAAGCAUGGCGUUUGUGAAGGAGUGCAGCACCCUUUUCGGUUGCAUAUAAAUAUGCCGUUUUUACCCUGACCCACGCUGUGCUAGCUUCAUCAGUGUGCUAUUAGCAAGUGUAAUGUGAUGGAGUGGUGUGGUUCAUAGAAUUGGAGGAAGCUCGCGUAAGAAAUGGUCCACUACUAUUAAAAACAACACCAUCUACAUUUAUCGGCAUUCACGGAAGUCGUAAUUUUCUUAUAAGCCUUGCUCUUAUGUGGAUCCUCCUAAAGACUUCGCUUCUGUUGAAGGAGUGUCCCUGUCAGCUCUAAUAACAGGUCAUAGUUGUACAUCCACUAUGAUUCACAAAAGUGGAUGAGUUCGUUUCAAUUUUUUGAAUAUGAAAUGAUAAAUUACAGAGUGUGCGAUUAAGGUUCAUUGGAGCAGUGGGCUUCAGAGAGGAUAUUGAUUUUGUCCGCCCACAGACAAGGAAGAUUUCUCAAUCUGCCACCAUGUUGAAAUGGAGAGGACGUUCCCUGCGUCUCAUCCAAGGACUUCCACAAUAGCAACUGUGGGAUGAGGUAGUAGGUUGUAUAGUUUUAGGGUCACACCCGCACUGGGAGAUAACUAUUCAACCUACUGUCUUUCUCAAAGUGCUAAAGCCUAGUCCACUCCAUCUGGCUAGCACCUUCAGACCAUCGUGUGUUGUGGAACUUUCUUCUGUUUUGUGGCGUGAGGUAGUAGAUUGUAUAGUUCUAGGGUUGUGAUUUUUGCCCUGUUUAGGAGAUAACUAUACAAUCUAUUGCCUUCCCUGCACACAGAAAUAUCUUCUUAAGACAUUGUUUUGGUAUUUACUUAAAUAAGGCUAGUGUUUGGUGAAUGUGUGUAAGUCAUAGAGAAUAGUAAUAAAGACUUUUCAGUUUUACUUUUUUGUUGCUGGCUUCUUUUGCAAAAUGUGUGAAAAUCAUAUGUGUCCAAACAUUUUUCAUCAAGGGCAACACAAUGCAAUACAGAUGAAGUAGUAGGCUGAUCAAGGGCCAUAGACUGGCUGCCAAUACCCUAAGGGCAAGGUAAUUUGCCCAUCUGGGCUCCAGCGUUCAUUUGAUAUAGUUAAUUCAUGACUGCAUAUAAAAGCAGAUUUACAGCAUUAAAAUUUGCAGAAGUCAGAAAAUGCAUAUAUUUAAUAUUUUUAAUUAAUAUUAUAUAAUAUGAUUGCUGUUGACAGAGCAGGUUGCUUGAUAGCCCGAAAAGUUGUCCUUGUUCUUCAGUUGUGUCUGGGAGUUUUGUCAUCUGGUCUUAGGGAGCCGUUCAUGCAGUGGGUGUUCACUAUGACCUGUUCUGCUAUUAAGGGAGCUCCACUGCUUCAUCCUCUCCAGCUGUGCAGUCAGUGUCCGUCCUUGUACACUGGUGCAUGAAUGAGGGUGUGUUAUUUCUUCUUAUGUGUGAUAAGUUUUUAACUAUCUACAUGACAACAAAGCAGGCAACUCACCAGCUCGGAUCAUUGGAGAGGUGACUAGUAAGACUGAAUAUUUUUCAGGGUUUAAGUCCGUGGAAUAGAAUACAUCCAUCAUGAAUAAUUAUAACGCAAUAGUCUACUUUGGAACAUUCCAGGCAAUAACAUCUGUGGUGGUCAGAGAGCGAUUCUGAUUCUUGUUGGAAUAGUUUCUCAUUUUUCCCGCAGAUGGCGCUAAAACUAUGCUUGCAAGUCAAGGUGGAGCGUGGAAGGAAAGGGAGGUCAACAUCUUUGGGACGUACAAUUAAUUAUGCUUCUUUUACAUGUGUCCUGACCCUAUAGUAAUGAUGAUCAAUAUUAAUGUUAAUUUAGUCCAUGUCAACCGGUGGUUUUCCAAAUUUUGUAAGUCACAAUAUACUACAAAGUAUUUGCUCUAUAACUAGCCUACCCGUUUUUAAGCCCAGCAGGACUAACGCAUUCAAAUUUCGUUAUAAAUUGAUGGGAGACAUUAUGAUAGCCUAGCUUCAAGUGGGCAAAAUCGACAAAGCACUUAAAACCGCACUGGCACAAACAAUCUUUCAAGAUUUAAAUUCUGUGGGUGAUGGACUCUAGGCUCAAUCUGAGGAAAGAACACGUGGGCGGAGCCAGAAGUUCCGAUAUAAAAGGUGAUGGGUCCCGCCAGCAGAAACCUUUCCGAGUCAACUAUCGUAAAGACCAACGGAGGCAUGUCCCAGAGCAGGUGCAAGCAGGACCACUGCACUCCGAAACAUCUCCGGGCGCACCGCGUAUCUCCUGGAACAGACGGAACAGGACUAAGCGGUCAUUGAGCGCCACACGGACUGCGCACCUGCGGAGAGACCCCACUGUCCCAAUACUGCCCCAAUGCCCCGGUUCAGCCUCGCUCGACCGGAUUCCGAACCAAUGAACCCGCCACGAGUCUCCAGACAUCAAAAGCUUUAUUGGUUGCACUCGAGGGGCAUUAUCCGCGCCUCGGUCCCGCGGGAUUUUACGCACAACUAGAAGUUCCAGUUGGACGGACGGCACCAUGAAGAGGAAAACUCGGCGUUGGAUUUUUCACUUUUUCCUGUGUCUUGGAAUAGUAUAUUUGAAAAUAGGGGGCCUGUCAUCGGUGGUUGCCCUGGGAGCCAGCAUCAUCUGUAAUAAAAUCCCCGGCCUGGCCCCGCGACAGAGGACGAUCUGUCAGAGCCGGCCUGAUGCCAUCAUUGUGAUCGGAGAGGGCGUGCAAAUGAGUAUUAAUGAGUGCCAGUUUCAAUUCCGCCAUAGCCGCUGGAACUGCUCCGCCCUGGGAGAGAGGACAGUGUUCGGCAAAGAGCUUCGAGUGGGCAGUAAAGAGGCGGCAUUUACGUAUGCCCUGAUAUCUGCAGGAGUGGCCCACGCAGUCACAGCCGCCUGUACCCAGGGUGGACUGAGCGGCUGUGGCUGUGACAAGGACAAACAGGGUUUCUAUAACCAGGAGGAAGGCUGGAAGUGGGGUGGUUGCUCCGCUGAUAUCGACUACGGCCUAAGCUUCUCCAAAGUGUUUGUGGAUGCACGAGAGAUCAAGCAGAAUGCACGCACGCUUAUGAAUCUUCACAACAACGAAGUGGGCCGAAAGAUGUUGGAGAAGAGCAUGCGCUUGGAGUGUAAGUGUCAUGGUGUCUCAGGGUCCUGCACCACUAAGACCUGCUGGACCACUCUCCCGAAGUUUCGUCAGUUAGGAUACAUGCUGAAGGACAAGUACAACCAGGCCGUGCACGUGGAGCCAGUCCGCGCCAGUCGCAACAAACGCCCAACCUUCCUCAAGAUCAAGAAGCUCCACUCUUACAGAAAACCUCUGGACUCUGAGCUUGUCUACAUUGACAAGUCCCCAAACUACUGUGAGGCCGACCCCCUGAGUGGCAGCAUGGGCACACAGGGCCGCCUCUGUAAUAAGACGGCUCUCCAGCCCAACAGCUGUGACCUGAUGUGCUGUGGGCGGGGCUACAACACACACCAGUACUCGCGCGUAUGGCAGUGCAACUGCAAGUUCCUCUGGUGCUGUUACGUCAAGUGCAACACGUGCAGUGAGAGGACUGAGGUCUACACCUGUAAAUAGAAGUAUUUAUUUAAGUGGUCUACUACACUGUCUCUGUGAGACCAGCCAGGGUGGGCUGCUUUUGCACUGCUUAUCUGCCACAGCCUCUGUUGAGUAGAUUUAAGCCAGCAAUCAAACCGUUACUGAUUCUACACGUUUACUGUAAGUAUAUGAGCAGAGGGCAUAUCUAAUUCUUCAUAUUUGUAAUAAAUGUAAUAACACAGUUGAUUCAAUCUUGGUGCAACAAAAUUCACCUGCCUAAAUGUGUGCAAAAGUAGCUAAAAAUCAUGUCACAGAUGAGGUUAGCUCGAGCCUCAGUGUUGGACUGUAGCUUGUGUUGAAGGGACACUUCCUCCGACUUGUGUUGAUAUUAACUGAUGCCAAUGGACAUCCUCUAUAACUGGAGUUAAAGAAUAUUUCAUCUAUAUUUGUAGGUCAAAUGCCACUUCAGCCUUGCCUUUUGGUGCUGGCAUAACUGUGUGAAAAAAUAAUGUCUUAAAUUGUUAUUAUUUAUUGUGUAAAAACUACUGACAAUUUUAAAAAUGUCUUUGAGGGGGAAAAAAACAAACUUUAAACUAAAUUUUUUUCCCAUGUGUUUCUACAGGCAUUUGGUAAAACAAAAGUAAACUAAUCAACUGAUCUUGAUGCGUUUUUGUUGAAAAUUCAACUUGCUGUCACUAGGCCUGUAACGAUAACAGAUUUUACUGGCCGAUUAAAUGACCAAGAAUUAAGAUUGAGAUAAACGAUAAUAUUGACAUUUUGAGACCAAUUUCAACUAUUAUUAUGACCAUGGAAUAAAAAUGCUAAUACACGCUUUCAAAGAGCAAUAAACCUUACUUACUAAAUAACAUUUAACACAGUAAGACAACCAAAAACAACAGGCCUAAAUAAAACAGACUUUUUAACACAGGACUAGCCUAAUGUGUCUGGCUCACACCAAGGACUUGUUCACAAAAAUACACUUGAAUAAACCAUUGCUGAACCAAUUACAACCAAAGCAUUAAAUAAAAUUGAUUAUUAAGUCUCUGUAACAAAAUUGCCCUUAAAAGUGAUUUUAGUCAUUGACUUACAUUGGUGUAUAGUGGCUUCUGUCUCUGAGGCUGCUGCUCUGAUCCUCAUCAUUUUGGUCUUGAAAUGUUCGUAUUAACCCGCGACACAGGAUGCUAUUGCGCUAUGAGGGAGCCACUGUCCUGUUCGGUAUCGUGUCGGUGUCUUGUGGGAUUUCAGUAGAUUUCGGACUCUCCCGGGGGCUAGGCUAGUUGUGUUGCUCGGGUUUGGGUGUAUGUAAGCUGCUGGGCUUUGAGACAUUUCUUGUCGUUGUUUGCGCGCUCGCUGCAUUUGACGCAUGUGGCUGUUGAGACGUGUCCCGCUCACCAGUGUUGAUUCUGCAUCGUGACUUGUUUUGGCACACGGAGAUGAACUGGUUUGGUUCUGACAGCGGCGCUCACUUGUGUUGCGGCUUCAUGUUAGCCGCACAGACAGCGGCGCUUUCUGCACUCAGACUACGUGCGCAUCCACUGUGUUGAUAAAAACAGCGCACGUUGGUUCAAGCGUCAUUACGCUUGUUAAAUGAGAGGAGUCAGAGCGAUAGGAGCUUCUAACAUCCAGUCUCUUUGAGAGCGAGAGAGAGCGAGGAAAUCAAACAAGCAUGCAAAUAGAAUUUAUUGUGGCCGGAAAAGUUAUUGAGCUCGUUAAAAGUUAUCGUAUGAUUAACUGAUUUAUUAAUUAUCGUUACAGGCCUAGCUGUCACUUCUCCUGUCUCUCAAAAGGCUCUUUUCCCAAGACAUUAUUGGAGUAAAAUUAUUUCCCUUGAAAUUUAUUUACAUAUAAAUGGGGAUGUGAGCCCUGAAACAAACUUAGGUGGACAUAAAAUGGUGAAGUAAGGCCUCAUGCUGUUCUGGUUUACUUCAGCAGAUAAACUGCAGACAUAUUUUGUAUUUUGUUCUAUAAAAUUGGUUUGUACAAAAUUAUUAGCAUACACAUGGUCUUUCUCUGCUGCUCUCUCAAAAGUGAUGCUUUUUCUGUCUUGUCCUCAUAUGGAUGGAUUUGUGUUUGGGAAGAAUUUUAUGAAUUUGCCCAGUCAGAAUUCAUAGAUCAGAUCAUCAGGUCAGCUUUACCUGGUCAGUUCACGUGAAACAAUGACAAUGGCAUGAAGUUUUAUAUUGUUGAGGCCUAAGACAUAGGUAAGGAAGUGUGAGUGUGCAUGUUUUUAGUUUUUAACCUAAAUCUACACCUUAAAAUACAAUUUUAAAAAUGCUUAAACAGUUUUGUUUUUGAAACUAUCUACCCCAUACUCAGAACAGCUGAACCUGUCACACUUCCCAGAAAGUCCCAUUAUUUUUAUGCAGAUCUGGGUCACUUUUGGCUUACAGCUAAUUUUGUUCUGCAUGCUAGAUUAUUUUAUUUGAUAGAGUUUAUUUUUAUAUGUGUUUAUUUAUUUGAGUCUGCAUAGGCCCUUAGGAAUUUCU